CUCCCUUCCUCUUCUCUCUCGCGCACCUACACCUACACUACCACUGACAUCUCCGACCCUGCUUGACGCCUGCUUGGUGUGAUCCGCUUGUGACGAAACGCCGGCACCAACAGUCGACCCCACACUCUCAACACACUCUUUGCGAUCACUCCAGCACCGCAAACAUGGCAUCCAAGAUCAAGGACGCUCUGCCAUCGCACUUGAAGCCGACCAACGGCAGUGCCGACAACGCAGAUGGCCGUCACCACGGCAAGUCACAGUCCCACGUGGCCUUCGAAAACACAUCCACAUCCGUUGCUGCAUCUCAAAUGCGCAAUGCCCUCAAUAACCUUGCCGAUACCGUUAAGGACCCAAAGGAGAAGAAGCGAUUCGAGACUGAGAUGGACAACUUCUUCGCCCUCUUCCGCCGCUACUUGAAUGACAAGGCCAAGGGCAACGAGAUCGACUGGGCACGCAUUGCUCCUCCAAAGCCAGAGCAAGUCGUUGAUUACAACAGCCUCGGAAACUCGGAGUCUGUCGAGUUCCUGAACAAGCUUGCUGUGCUCAAGCUUAACGGUGGCCUCGGUACCUCCAUGGGCUGUGUUGGUCCAAAGUCGGUCAUCGAAGUCCGUGAUGGCAUGUCCUUCCUCGACUUGUCGGUCCGCCAGAUCGAGUACCUUAACCGUACCUACGACGUCAACGUUCCAUUCGUGCUGAUGAACUCCUUCAACACCGACUCUGAUACCGCCUCCAUCAUCAAGAAGUACGAGGGCCAUAACAUCGACAUCAUGACCUUCAACCAAUCCCGCUACCCACGCAUCUUGAAAGACUCCCUCCUUCCAGCCCCAAAGAACGCAGACUCGCCAAUCUCGGACUGGUACCCACCAGGCCACGGCGAUGUUUUCGAAUCGCUCUACAACUCUGGCAUCCUCGACAAGUUGCUCGACCGCGGCGUCGAGAUCCUCUUCCUGUCAAACGCCGACAACUUGGGUGCAGUUGUUGACCUGAACAUUCUGCAGCACAUGGUGGAGACAAGAGCUGAGUACAUCAUGGAGUUGACCGACAAGACCAAGGCCGACGUCAAGGGUGGUACCAUCAUUGACUAUGAGGGUCAUGCUCGUCUGCUUGAAAUCGCUCAGGUUCCAAAGCAGUACGUGAAUGAGUUCAAGUCUAUCAAGAAGUUCAAGUACUUCAACACCAACAACAUCUGGAUGAAUCUCCGUGCUGUCAAGCGUGUUGUGGAGAACAACGAGCUUGCCAUGGAGAUUAUUCCAAACGGCAAGAGCAUCCCAGCCGACAAGAAGGGCGAGGCAGAUGUGAGCAUUAUCCAGCUCGAGACUGCCGUCGGUGCUGCCAUCAAGCACUUCCAGAACGCUCACGGUGUCAACGUGCCGCGUCGCCGCUUCUUGCCGGUCAAGACCUGCUCUGAUCUGAUGCUCGUCAAGUCGGAUCUCUACACGCUGAAGCAUGGUCAGCUCGUGAUGGAUCCAAACCGCUUCGGCCCAGCUCCUCUCAUCAAGCUUGGCGGCGACUUCAAGAAGGUGUCCAACUUCCAGGGCCGCAUUCCAUCCAUUCCAAAGAUUCUUGAGCUCGAUCACCUCACCAUCACCGGUGCUGUCAACCUCGGCCGCGGUGUCAUCCUCAAGGGAACUGUCAUUAUCGUGGCAACUGAGGGUCAGACCAUCGACAUCCCACCGGGUUCAGUGCUCGAGAACGUGGUGGUGCAGGGUAGCUUGAGACUGCUCGAGCACUAGAGAGGCCGGCCUACCAUAUGGUUUCGCGAAAGGCUUUAUUGAGUUUUCAACUUCUGCACAGCUGUAUCGGCGCUUGGGUGGUUUACAGAUCUCUCGAUUGUGAGAGGUGAUAGAUGUGGCAUGGCCUUUGAGCAAAAAGAAAGCCGGUCUAGUCAGCAGGGCUGAAGGCCGCAGUGUACUAGUCUACAGCAGCGAACUUGCACCAGAGAUGAUGAACAAUGAACGAUGUUAAUACAAUACG